UUCAAACACAAGUAUUACUCAUAUAUACAAACUCAUAAACCUGAGCUCUACAUUCCUUUGAAAAAAAGAAGGAAACAUGAAGCUAUUCGGUCUCAUUCUGAGAACUAUUAUCAUCUCGAUAAUAUUUGAUCAAGCACCGAUCACCACUGAAGCAAGAAAGUUGAGGAAAACAACCGGCCAAGAUCAUUUCAAAGCUGGAUCUACAGAUGAGUUUGUGCCUACUUCUCCAGGAAACAGUCCUGGCAUGGGACAUAAAAAAGGUAAUGCAAAUGUUGAAGGGCUCCAAGAUGACUUCAAGCCCAAGGAAGGAAGAAAAGUUCACAAAACCAUAGGUCAAGAUCAUUUCAAAACCGGAGUUACGGACGAUUUCGCACCUACCACUCCAGGAAACAGUCCCGGGAUAGGGCAUAAGAAAGGACAUGCAAAUGUUAAAGAUAACUUCAAGUCCACGCAAGGAAGAAUGCUGCAGAAAACAAAAGGUCAGUAUCAUUUUAAAACCGGAUUGACUGACGAUUUUGCACCUACUUCUCCCGGACACAGUCCUGGGAUGGGCCACAAGAAAAUGAAUGCGAAUGUUAAAGGGCUCAAAGAUAACUUCGCGCCCACGGAAGAAAGAGAAAUGCCCAAAACGGACGGUCAAUAUUAUUUCAAAACUGGAACUACGGACGACUUCGCACCUACUACUCCGGGGAACAGUCCAGGCAUGGGUCAUAAGAAAGGAGAUGACUUCAAGCCUACGACACCAGGACAUAGCCCCGGAGUUGGUCAUGCCGUCAAGAACGAUGAGCCUAAAAUUUAAUAGCUGCUAGUUUCAUUUAAUACAUUACACUACAAUAUGCAUUUUUGAAAUUAUUUUAUAAUAUAUACACAUUUGUAAUAUUUAAUGAUGGAUUCAUAAUUCCAAAUCAUGAAUAAACUAGGGAUAUUUUUA